AUGGGGGAUGGCCUGAGCGAGAUUAUUCUGAUAGAGAUCAUUGGCGGCACGCUCAUCAUGUGCCUAGCUGAAUACUUGUUCCUCAGGGAAUGGAUUGAUAACAAUGCUAUAGGAAUUACCACCUAUAUUGUUUACUUGAUUUCCUUUAUUUUCACCGCGUUGAUCUUUUGUUAUAUAGGCGAAAUCCUCACUGAACAGUCGCUUCCAAGCUCCCUGCACGCGAACACGAUGCGCACCGUCGACGUCCGUGGUCGGGACACAGACAGACCGCGGAAUCCGUACUACGAGCAAGACAUCAUUCUCGUGUUGAAACAUCCCAGAUGGAUCCUGAGAUCCAUCGGUAUCUGGCCGAGCUUCUUAGAGAACGACAGCCGGAUAUUCCCGAUACUUCUGAUCGGGCUCUGCAAUCUGAUAAUGUUUUUCUCGGUGGUGCCGUUCUAUCUGUACAUUACGAUCGAGGAGGAGGACAUCACGAUGAAGCUGAAGCUCAUCGGCCUGCUAAGCUUCUGCGUGGUGUCGCUGAUGAAGUACUGGACACUCGCGGCGUGCAAGCCGAGGCUGAAGGACUGCCUGGAGAGCUUGGAGAAUGAUUGGAAAGAGAAUUCACAGGUGGAACACCAGGAGGACCGCCAACUGAUGCUGAAGUACGGCAACGCCGGCCGAAGUGUGAUCCUGCUUUGCCUGGUGUUCAUGUACUCGGGCGGCUUCAUGUACCACACCAUAGUGCAAUUCGCGGCCGGUUCCUACGUCGACGAACAGAACCGCACGAUCAAGCCGCUCAGUUAUCCUGUGUACAGCGCGCUGUACAACCCGCAGAGGAGUCCCGUGUACGAAAUCGUGUUCGCCACGCACGUCGUUUGCGGCUACCUGAUCUAUUCCGUGGCGCUAGGCGUCUGCGGAUUGGCCACGACGUUCGCCUCGCACGUCUGCGGCCAGAUCGACGUGAUGAUGCUCAGAUUGGAGCACCUCGUCGAACUCGAGAACAAGACGGAACUCGAUCAACGACUGAUACAGAUCGUCGAGCAUCAUAUACGAACGUUAAGAUUCUCGGCAACGGUAGAGACACUUCUGCAAGAAGUAUGCCUCAUGGAAUUCAUUGGUUCCACUUUUUUGAUAUGUCUCCUCGAAUAUUAUAUUCUAAUGGAUUGGGGCACCAACACCUUGACUUUUGUUACAUAUUUUACGCUACUGGUGUCUUUGUUGUUCAAUGUAUUUAUUCUGUGCUACGUUGGCGACCUUCUGAUAGAGAAGACCAGUAACGUUGGACUAUCGUGUUUUAUGAUGGAUUGGUACAAGUUCCCCACUGACACGAUACGCGCCUUAAUCCUGAUCAUUGCUAUGUCAAGUAGUCCAGCGAAAAUCUCCGCCGGUCAGAUAGCUGUUUUAGACUUGUCCACGUUUGGCAACAUUACAGAGAAACCGCGCAACCCUUACUACGAGCAAGACAUAGGUCACGUUUUGAAGCACCCCAGGUGGAUCCUGAGGUCCAUCGGUAUCUGGCCGAUACUGUUGGAGAGUGACAACAGGAUAUUUCCGAGAUUCCUGAUCGGAUUCAGCGAUCUGGUAUUGCUCUUCACGGUGGUGCCGUUUUCCUUGUACGUCACGUUCGAAGAGAAGGAUAUCACGAUGAAGCUGAAGCUCUUGGGGCUGUUAACCUUCUGCACUCUGUCCUUGCUGAAACACUGGGCACUUGCCGCGUGCAUGCCGAGAAUCAAGGACUGCGUGGAGAACUUGGAGAACGAUUGGAAAGAGGUGAAGCACCACGAGGACCGCGAACUGAUGCUGAAGUACAGCAACGUCGGCCGAAGUCUGACGUUGCUUAGCCUGGUGUUCAUGUACACUGGCGGUUUCAUGUACCACACUGUCCUGCAGUUCGCUGGCGGGACGUCCGUCGACGAAAGGAACCGCACCAUCAAGCCGCUGGUUUACCCGACGUACAGCGGGAUGUACAACCCGCAAGAGAGUCCUGUGUACGAAAUGGUGUACACCGUGCACUGCAUGUGCGGCUACGUGAUCUACUCCGUGACGGUGGGCGCCUGUGGAUUGGCAGCGACGUUCGCCUCGCAUAUCUGCGGCCAGAUCGACGUGAUGAUACUCAGACUGAAGAACCUCGUCGAUCUAGAGAACAAGACUGAACGCGAUCAGCGACUGAUACAGAUCGUCGAGCAUCAUAUACGAACGUUAAGGUGUUUCGGGACUGAUCAGCGACGAACCCGUUCCAGAUUCUCAGCAACAGUAGAGACGCUCCUGCAAGAAGAUUGGGGUAGCAACACCUGGAGCUUCGUUACGUAUUUUGCGCUGCUGAUGUCUUUGAUGUUCAAUAUAUUUAUACUGUGCUACAUUGGGGACCUUCUGGUAGAGAAGACCAGUGACGUUGGGUUAUCGUGUUUUAUGACCGAUUGGUAUAAGUUCCCCACUGACACGAUACGCGCCUUAAUCAUGAUUAUUGGUAUGUCAAGUUGUCCAGCGAAAAUUUCUGCCGGUCAGAUAGUUGUUCUAAACUUAUCCACUUUUGGAAACAUUCUCAAAACGUCACUGGGCUAUUUAAGCUUACUCCGGACAUUGGUGUGA